CCUGCAACUUUAACUUCUGCCAAACAAACCAAAAUGGGAGGCGCCAAAGCUUGACAACAAAGCGGCAAAUGCCUUUUCCAACAGGCAGUCUCAAGAAGCUCAAUUUUCUUUAAAAAUCUCACCUUCCAGAGCGAGUUUUCAGUCGCCUCGACAAAGUCCGGGCAUUAAAUAAGCAUUCUGGCGUCCCCCCCCCCAAUCUUUUUGGUCGUCCAGAUGUCAACAUGGCCCCAAGGAGCGAGCAACUUCUUCUCGUGUUGUCCAUCCUGGAAGGUCGCGAUUUCCCCAAGCUCCCUCGGCUCAGCCUGGAGGUUCAGGCGAGUUUCGACGGCGAGCAACUAACCACUGACCCUGUGGAACACCUGGACCAGCCACACUUCAGCACGGAGCUGGCCUGGGAGCUGGACCGCAAGAUGUUACACCAGCACAGACUGCAGAGGACCCCCAUCAAGGUCCAGUGCUUCGCUGUGGAUCCCAGCAACAGCAGCAGGGAGAAUGUGGGCUACAUCGUGCUGGACCUCAGAUCCGUGCAGGAAGUCCCGCAGGAUCCUCACUGGCACGUUCUGCUGAGUGGCAAAUACACCAAGAAGAAGCCGUCGCUACUCCUCAGCAUGGUUCUGGAGAACGACACUAAAUCCACGCUGCUGUCGGUGCCGCCAGCCACUCCCCAAUCACCCCAAGAAAAGAAGGCCCCAAAAGUGCCCAAGCGUCUCCCUGACAAGCUGGACGCGGUCCUGGUGCCAGAGCAGGGUUACCAUCAGGUGGGACCCGACAACGUCGCAACUGACAUGUUUGUGCUCUCCGUCACCGUGGCGUUUGCCACCAAACUGGAACAGCUAAUACCCACCACGCUAAAGCUCUCAUCGGAGGCCGCUGGCUUCUUCUUCUUCUACACUCUGCUGGGCAACGACAUCAGCAGCGAACCGUUCCACAACCUCCUGUCACCAGAUUUCCAACCUGAGCGUACCUCUGUGCGCAUUUGCAGCAGCGAGCGUGUCCUGCGCACCUUCAUGUCACAGCAACCCCCUUUACAGAUCCAUCUUUGCUGCGGCACCCGCUCACUGGGCAGCACCGACGUGCCCCUGUCCACGCUGGCCGGGUUCCCUUUGGGCCUGGAGGAUGGGGCAGCCACGGUGGAGGGCGUGUUCACAUUGCAACCGCCCUCCCGUGUCAAGCGCUCACUCCCACUUAUCCCUGCUGACCUGCAGCCUAAUGUCAGUGUGGCCGUGACGCUGCGGCGUGAGGAUGUGGUGCCGCAGCUGCAGACUUUGGCCAACAAAGACGGAAGUAAGAAAAAAUCAUGCGCAGUCUUCGUUUGCACAGCUGAGGACCAACCUAUCAGUUCAACUCCAUCCAAAAACCCUCCUGAUGUUGCAUUGUUGUCUCCUCAAGUCACUUGUCUUCCCUCGCACAUCCACCAAGAGAUGGAGAACCACCAGGAGGCACAGUCACAUGUAGACGUGGAGGCGGUCGCCCCGAGUCAGGCCCAGGGAGAUGGCGCCACUAGCUCAGUCCUCAUCUGCCCCUCCAAACCGACUAUUCCACAGUCUGCACAUCACUACUGUUUCUCCCUGGACCUCUGCAGCCUUAGACAGACUGGACUCACUCACACCAUUGCCGCCACAGUCAGGUACUCGUACGAAUUCUUUGGUAGCACAGUGCCCGUGAUGACCAGUCGUCCUGUGGAGCUGCACAGAAACACGGACUUGUCUCUGCCGCACUCAUAUUGUGCCUUCGACUUUGCUGCCGUGCCACAGCAAUUGCAGGACAACUUCCUCAGAGUUCCUCUGGUCUUGGAGCUGUGGCACCAAGACAGGAGCAGCAAAACGGAUCUCCUGAUUGGCCGAGCCUCUCUGCAGCUCUCCCACCUCCUCGCUGCCGAGAGGAGCAGACAUCCAGCGAGCAUGAGAGAGGCAGCUUGGCGCCAAACCCACCAAGACCGUGUCCCCUUCUUCUCUACUCUAAGUUCCAAUGAGAAAGUGGCAGAGUUAAGUUAUACGGCAACGCUGGACGACUUUGGACUUGUCAAUGUGAAGGACAUCCCCGUGCCUGAUUCUGCAGAGAAUGAACCUGCACCACCUCUGGAGGAUACAGCCUCUCCGCCAACCCACCACGCGCCAUCCUCUGGGCCACCUGCACCACCCUUACCCACAGGUCCCCCAUACCCCCGAGACACCAUGGAGUAUCGUACAGCCCUCGAGCUUGAGCUGUGGAAGGAGACUCAGGAGGAUCUUUUCAAUGAUCAGCUUCGGAAGAAGGAGUUCAGUCAUAUGCAGGCUCUGGCAGAGGAGUGGAUGCGAAGGGAACAUGAGAGGGAAGCCUGGGUGAAAAAGAAGGAGAUGGAGUGUAGUCGUUUGGAGGAACAGCUUCAGAAGACUCUGGCUGAUCUUGAGAAAAAAGAGAAACAUCUGACUGAAGCAGAGCUAAAGACCCAAAGGCUGCAGCGAGAUCUACAUGCUGAGCACAAGCUGACCCAGAAAGAGGCACAGGAGACAAUCAGGAGACUACAGCUGGAGUGCGACCACCGAAUGGCGCUGGAGCGAGACAAAGCACGCCUGUUGGAGGAGGAGCGAACGCGCCUGCUAAAGCAGAUCACAGAUGGAGAGAACCGCUACAAGCAACUGGAGAAAGACUUCCUUCACCUCAGGGAACAGCAGAACAUCAGACCUGAAGUCCGCCUGCAGACCGAGAUCAAAAUCCUGUCUCUGGAGAAGGUGGAGUUGGAGAGGAAACUGGAGUCAACCACUAAGUCCAAGCUUUACUACAAGGAGCAGUGGGGACGCUCACUCAAGGACCUUACUCGCUUCAAACAGGAGAACGCCAUGAUGCUUCUGAAGAAGCAGCAAGCAGAGAUGGACGCCAUCAGGCUGCGCUCCGCCGCCACCGAGGAGAAGGAGGCGGUCCGACAAGAGCGACAGGAACUGGGAGACAUCAGGAACCAACUCAAUAGAUUGAAGCAGCAGGGCGAUAUCGCCCCACCGCCCUCAGCCCCGGCCCCCACGUUGAACCACAACACAAACGAGCACCUGAGCCGCCUUUUAGAGGAGCGUGACACGCUUCUGCGGACCGGCGUCUACGGACAAGACGACCGCAUCAUCGCCGAGCUCAACCGGCAGAUUGGCGAUGCCAUGGCUGGUGCCAGCUGACGGCCCGCCCGUGGACAAGCAGGUUAGAUCAGAGCAUGAAAUGUUCUGCUGCACUCAGGCAAGUGCUAGCCACCUUGUGCUAGGCUAGGCUAAUCCCGACCACUUUCCGAGCGUGUAAUUUGCAUGUUAAUAAUCACAAGGUUUCUUUAUUUAUUUUUCUGGGUUUUGGUGUGUCACGGGACAGAAGGCGCACAGCCUUCACCAGACAUUUUCAAGUAAAACCCAACUUUCCGUUCUUGAUUUUCAUAAUUUAAAUAUCAAUAAAGGGGAUGAUGUUUGCAUACAAAGAGGUAGGUCUGGCUUCCCGCGUGAAAUGAAAUAACAAAGUCCAUUUUUUUUAUCUGAUUAUUUUUGUAAAUGUGGCAUUGCGACAUCACCGAAUUUCUCCACCCAUUGCUCGGCAACCAGGCCGGGUUAAGAUCCAGCAUUUCCAAGCAACUAAAUGGAAAUGCCAUCAAGUCAAAAAGUAAGCAGAAGUGUACUGUGCGAUUACCUUCUGAUAAGCGGCGAAUACUCAAAUGUUGGAAUAAGUUGUCAACACGGUGAAGCAGAGGAGUAUUUAUGUGCCUUGGGGAUCUUGGUGAUGAGGUGCUUCCUCCAAUUGAGAAAAUACAAUGAAAUAUUUCAACGUGUUUGCUGUGGAAGGGGUCACUCAAUAUUAGGAGCUAGCUAAAUUGACAACACUGAAUACUCGGGUCGUAGCUACGCUGGUAACGAAAGCCGUACUUUGCGCUUCCGUGAGAGUCCGCGUGGUUUCAGGUUCAGUGGAUGCCAAUUAUGCCGUCGUUCUGUAUCAUUUAUGGAGUUUCACACAACAAUGUCAGCAAGCAUGUAUUAGCACAUGUGGGUUGAAAAAAAAAAACUGGACUCUUUAUUUGGACCUAAUAUUCUUCAGGUCUCACGUUUUUAUUUUUAAAAUCAUGCAAUCAUGAGCGAGACAAAAAAAAACAUCAACAUUUGUUUGACUUUUUUUUUUUCCCCUUACCCAAACUCAUCUUUAUCAUCCACACCGUAACCAAAUAGCAGCCACUUCCUGUUCAGUUCAACACAUUUAAGAUGGGUAUACACAUAUUUGUAUUUAUAUAUAUAUAUAUUUUUUUUUGAUGAUGACUUUGACAGUACGGGAGGGCAAAAUGCUGAAAAUUGGCUUAUCGGUUUGUGUGCAACCCACUUAACAUGAGGUGACCCCACACGACACAGUAAUUUCUCGGGAUCGUGUUUUGAAAAACCCGACAUCCCCGGUCAGUGAUUCUUACCCACAAUUGGCCCGAUUGUUUCUAUGUUUGUACCUAAUUUACGAUCUCCAAUCAGAUUUGGGAGUGAAAAUCAUUCCUAACACGCCUCCCUAAACCUGUCUUUCAAAACGUCCAAUAAUCAGGUCUUUGUCAACUUGGAUCAAAAGGAGGGAAUCUGGCUCAAAAUCAUCAUUUUUAUCUGGACAUGUGUACCCCGCUUUCCAACUUUGACGAGUUAGGCUCUGAAACAGGAAGUGAUUGGCUGAUUGUAAAGGUUUAAGUUUUAUUUUUCCAUCAAACAUGAAAGUGACACAAUGGUCCAAAACUUUAAUGUGGCGAGAGUGCAUUUUCUUUUGUGUUUAUAAAAAAUAAUAAUAAUAAUAAAAUAAAACAUGAAAUAAACAUUGAUGACAAGUGUCUUUGGUCACAUGUGAAGUGAAGGAUGCCCAAAAAAAAGUUAAAUAAUAGAAGUCAAAGUGCCGCCAAGAUAAAUAUUUGUAUUUCUUUGUCCAUGACGUCAGUGACGUGUUUGCUUUGGUCUCUGCCUCCCUUUUCUUUUCUUUCCUAUUUUUUUCUCCUUCUUUUCUUUGUCU